GAUCAAUCGCGAUAUAUAGAGCUCGCCAACCGAUAGUAGAUCAUGCCGCACAGCUUUGGGUAUCGGGCCCGCACCCGCGACAUGUUCUCGCGGCCGUUUCGGCAGCGCGGCAUGAUCAAAAUGUCCACUUACCUGACGACCUAUAAGAUGGGCGACUACGUCGACAUCAAAUGUAACCCGGCCCAGGUCAAAGGGAUGCCGUUCAAGCACUUCCACGGUCGCACGGGCGUCAUCUACAAUGUCACUAAGCGUGCAGUCGGCGUUCGCAUCGCCAAACAGGUCAACGGGCGCAUCAUCAACAAACAUCUCAAUGUUCGUGUCGAGCAUGUCACACCGUCGAAGUGCCAGAAUGACCUGAUCGCGCGCGUCGCACGCAACGAGAAGCUCAAAAAGGAGGCAAAACAAUCAGGCACCAAAGUCGCCCUCAAGCGCCAGCCGACCCAGCCUAAGGCUGGCUUCGUUAUCACAGCUUCGGAGGAGCCCACGACAAUCCAGCCAAUCCCCUUCAGCGACCUUUUCUGAGGUCCCCAAACCAGGCACUCUCCACAAGAGCCGAACUCAUCGUCGUCUUGAAGUUUCGCAUGUCAUUUGGAGACUUGACAAUCUUUGAGAACCUGGCAUUUAUUGAAUCGAUUUCAGAUUGAUAGACCGCCCAUCGACUCUGCCAGACGUCGUUCGAGCCUUCUACGUGUGCCGCACAGUCUAUGCAGCUGACUUGCGGGCCAACGCGCGGGACUGUGAGCCCAAGCUAACCUGCAUGUCUUUCGCUAGUUUGAUGUUGUCGGAAUCCCAGCAUGCUGUUUGAUUCUUACAGAGAGAACUAACUAGUGAUUCCAACCAAGUUCCCAGAUAGAUUCCAACUAAGUUACCAACUUCUUCGGUGUUCUUGUCAAGUAGUAUCCGGGUAGGAGCUGCGAGAAGAAGUCUGCAACGCUAAGAUUGCCAGGGCACCAGAAGGGACGGGCCUUGCCGAGCUCAUGGAAGGGCAGGGAAUAGCCCAAGGAGCGGAACGCAGACCGGUUUCAAGUUCCUGGGUAGCUGGCACUUGGCUGGCACUUUGAUUGCGCUCUAAUCACACUCGCGUUCUAAGGGCGAUAUUCGCCGCUU